GACCACUAGAGGCAGCCGAGCCUCUUCUCUUCUCCAGACUUGUACGCAAGGAAGGAAGGAGUAGCCUCUCUCCAAGAUGGCGGCGACCAUAGACAACAGCAAUGCCGUACAGGCGACAAAGAAAAAACACCUCGGGAUUCCCGAAGCUAUUUUUGUGGAGGACGUUGACUCUUUUAUGAAGCAACCAGGCAACGAGACGGCGGACGCAGCACUGAGGAAGCUGGACGAACAGUACCAGAAGUAUAAAUACAUGGAGCUCAACCUGUCUCAAAAGAAACUCAGGUUGAAAAGCCAGAUCCCACAAAUCACACAGACGCUAGAAAUCCUACGGCACAUGCAGAAGAAAAAGGAGACCACAGAGCCCAUGGAGACACACUUCCUAUUGGCUGACAAUGUUUACUGCAAGGCCUCAGUGCCGCCCACUGACAAAGUCUGCCUAUGGUUAGGGGCUAAUGUCAUGUUAGAGUACGACAUUGAUGAAGCCCAGGCUCUCCUAGAGAAGAACCUGUCCACAGCAUCUCGCAACCUAGAGACACUCGAAGACGAUCUGGAUUUCCUGCGAGACCAGUUCACCACCACUGAAGUCAACAUGGCACGAGUCUACAACUGGGACGUGAAGAGAAGGAGCAGAGAAAACCUCCUCAAGUCAGCAGACAAGUCUUAAUAUCCACAGCACAGCGUCCGCAUCCCCUUCAGCUAACUAACUUCUCCUUAGUCAAUAAGAAACAAACCCCCGACCCCCAAACUCUCGUGUAUGUUCACCCCAGAGCUCAGCUGACAAGAGGACAUGUUUGAAAUAUCUCCAGAAGUUGCAGUGUGCUUAAUGAAUGUUCGAGCUCAAACUCCCACCACUUCUGUUUUCUGUUGAUUUGUUACUUUUUAAAGUAUUUUUUCAAGUAAAAACUAACAAAAAAAACAAAGGCAACGAGGCAGUUUUUGUAUUCUUUUUAAUGAUUUCAGUACGUUCCUGUUAUCUUCGGCAGAUUGUAAGUGAGGGUCCUCUCGCAUCGUCUUCUCUUCUCUGCAUUUUCCCUCCUUACUGACCUGCACUCCCUGUUUUCAGCAUUCACCUGUGGGGCUUUUUACCUGAGUUGUUAAUGCCUGGAACGCACCCAAGUUGCCAUAAUACCCAGAAGAAUCAGGCAUGUGGGAUGAUCACAACAGAACAAGAAUACAGAAUAAAACCAGGACUUUUCAGAGAGUUCAGAGGGAUCAAAUGUUAUCCUGCUCCAGACCUGCUGCUCCUCUUCCGUCCCUUUUUGACUUUUCCCACGCUUGACCGUCUCUCACACUCGUCUCCGGUUUCUCCUCCUUUCUCUCCUCCCCUUUUAGCCGCUGUUCUGUCUGUAUUUAUUUGUCUCUCACUGUAUUCAUUAAACAAUGAUUGAAGUAAACGAAGAACAUUUGGGCAAAGA